ACUUCUAUGAAUUAUGAAAGAAUAAAUUUAACUUUUUCUGUAAUAUAACUUAAUACUUUAUUGUAUUGCAAUUGUUUAAAUAUAUUGUAUUCAAUAAUUAGUAUUGGUCUUAGAAUAUUUGAUACUUAGGACAUGAAUAAUUGCUAUAAUCAAUUCAUUUAUUAGUAUUUUCGAGACUGUUAUCUUUGAUUAAUAACAUUUUUUUUUUACACAGUAAUUGUUUUUCUGUUUAUUCAAUUUGUGUACGAAAUGCCUUUGGCUAAAAGUAUAUUGCAUCCAACAGUCAAUGAUGAUCAACAAUGUCAUAAAUUAAAGCGGCUUGUACCUCGUCCAAAUUCAUAUUUUAUGGAUAUCAAAUGUCCAGGGUGCUAUAAAAUUAAAACUGUAUUUAGUCAUAUUCAAAAUAAAGUUAAAUGUGAUAGUUGCAUGGUUGUAUUAAGUAGACCAACAGGGGGCAAAGGAAAACUAUCAGAUGGCUGUUCAUAUAGAAGAAAAUAUUAAACAUUUUUAAAAUAAUUUGUUGCAUACAUUAAUAAAAAGUUUUAGAAAAUA